AAACUAUGCCGAAGGUGUUAGUGAAGCCUAGCAGGAGUUGUGGUUUUGGCAGCUGUCGCAACCUCGGGAAUCGCAGUGAGGCUGACAGCCACAAAUUAGCCGCAGUAUCCACUGUGCCGUUCGUCCGAGGUAAUUUGGGCAAUAUGCCUUUUGAUGCGGGAAAACAAUUCCUCGAUGAACCAUAGCGACAGAAAACAAUCAUUGGAAUCGUUGGAAGAACAGGUCGAUGUAUGGAGAGGGUGGGAGAAUGCAGCGUUGGCGAUACGCGGCGAGGUUCGUAGUAAGGAAGGUUAUGACGUUAUCUGCGCGGUGUAGGGAACGGGUGGUCUCCAUCGCCAAAACGCACGAACACUUCUUCUUUCUCUCAGUCCUCCUUGUCUCCUACGUCUCUCGACAGCACAUCGCAGACUGUGUGGUGAUUGCCAGUAGUUUCGAUAACGAUUUCUGUCAUCUUGCGCGUAGCCGAUUUCGCUACCUCGAAACAUUAGUCAUGUCAUCACCAGCCAUCACAGGGAGCUUCGGAGCUACCUUACUCAACAUCUGGAUGGAUGCAUAGGACACAUAGUUCGGUUGUUGGCGGAUUCAAGAUGAUACGAUA